GAGGCAUAACUUCUCCAGCAGGAAGUAGAGCAGUCACUCUCCUGGCUGACAGGCUCCUAUGAACUGGUGGAGAUGGCAGUGAACUUCAUCUACAGUUGUAUUGCACUUUGCUGCUUAACACUCUGGAGCUUCAACGGGAUUUCAAGUGAUACACAUGUACCACCACCUCAUUCAACCAUGAAACCUGGCUCCCCCAUCCCAGUGAACAUCAACAGCCCUGGCGUUCGCAAGGCAGCUCGCUUUGGGGUUUAUAGAUACAACAACAGUUCCAAUGACCUCUUUCUGUUUAAGGAUUCACAGAUAAACAAAGCCAUGGUACAGAUUGUCAGAGGGCUGAAAUACAUGCUCCACGUGGAAAUCAAACGUACUGUGUGCGAGAAGAGGGAGCACUCCAGCCUGGACAGCUGUCACUUCCAGAGGAAAAAAAACCUGCAACAGAUGCUGAGAUGCUAUUUUGAGGUCUGGAUAACACCUUGGUUACAGAAAGUACAUGUCACUGUUGUUCACUGUCACCAAUAGCUUUCCCCAUGAGAGCCUGCUUUACAGGGGAUUUACCACCAUGAGUUUUUCCUUACCUGGACUGUCGACAUCAAUACUGAAGUGGAGAAUGCACAGGACCACCCCAGAGCUUUUCUCUCAAAGUACAUGGUUGCUUUUUUCCUUGAGAAAGACGCUCAAAAGUAACAAAGACCUGCCUUGACUGAAUGUAUUGCUAUCCAGUUGUGUAUCCCUUUUUCCAAAACUAAAGUGCACAUGAACACAUAUUGUCAUUGAUUCACUGAUGAGCCAUCCAUGCUCUGGCUGCAUUUUCAAGCACAUCCAGGAACUUGGUUUAUUCUGUAAUAACCUUCACAAAACCAUGAUGGAAGGAAGUCUAAACCACAGCACGUGUGACUACAAUACUGAGGAAAGCUUUACAACAGUGGGAUAGUUUGCCUGGGUAUGCACACAUGCACAGGUUUUAAGAGUCUCCUGUGCUAGGGAAAAGGUUAGACAGAUCUAUCAGGAAUGCAAGAGGUAAACAGAAGUUCUUUUUUCAAGACAGAAGUAUGAAUAAGGAUGUCUUGAAACAUAGCCCAGAAAUUACACAGUCUAACUAGUGCAUCUAGUUUAAUCAAAUGCUAAUCUACCCUAUGAAAGGGCAUCACUGCAAAUGCCAAGAUGAAUAAACUUAAUCAUAUUCCCAAAGCAUAAUUCUGCUGAGGUUAAACAACAUAGUUUCACAUAGGUUAAUACGUGACAUUUAAUCUCUGGCAGACCACAGAUUAUAUUCAGGUUCAGCAGAUUGAUGGUCUUCUCUGCGUGGGCAUCCACCAUUCCUUCAGCCUUCACUCUUCAUUCAUGGGCCAAUUACUGCUUACAUUGGACUAAUGUCCUUAUUAGCAAGGAUUUGGGUAGCUACUCCCUUAAAACAGCAAUAAAGUAUGAGCCCAUAUUCAGUCAUACACAGACCAAAUGGAAAGGGUCCUGACCUUUCCACAAAGAGCAUGUUUUUUUCCCCACAAACACUCCUUUUCUUCUGAGAGUUGUUGUCUUUCUGCAGCAAUAUUACAACUCCUAUUAGCAGUAACAAUUUCAGCCUUUGUAACAACCUUUCAGUCAAGAAAGGCCAGUGAAGGGCUCUAGGCCAAGGUCUGGGGAUUUUAAGAUGAUCUAUUAACAGCAUAGCUGAGGUCUCUGCUCCAAGUAAUCCCAAAGCAAACCUUUCCAAGCUGGACAAGUCUCAAGUCCUUCUUCAGAAACAUUAUUUGUGAUGAGCAGGUGGCCCACCAGCAGGUCAAAUUCAGCAUCCAGUGCUAGAGAGGCAGCUGUGCUGCAUCUUGUCUUUGGGAACAGCAGUCUCUUGCCUGAAAAAAAAAACAGUGCUCAAAAGCAAGCUCGUGAAGGGUCAUGAAAGGACGUAGUUUAGUGCUACAUUCACCCAACACACAAGCCACCACUGACAGCCUGGUGCCAAAGACUAUAGUGGCUUGAGUUGUUCAGGAAGCAGGAAAGCCAAGCCACAGCUAAGUUUGUAGGAAGGCAAGAUGUCAGUAGUGCUCUCCGAAUCUCAAAGGCGUUAUUAGUGUCUUGGUUUGAAGACAAAUAUUGGGAGGCAAACUCCAAUAAAAUGAAUUCCCUCCCCUUUUUAUUCACAUCCCCUCCCUAAUACAGAGAGACAAAAAAAAAAAAAGAAAAAAAAGCGAGGAGGUUUUAAGUGAAAAAAUUAACAGUUUACUAACAAGAAAAUAUAGCAGCACCACAAAGAUACAAGGGAAAUGGCUUACCCCCAAAAAAGGAGUUCACCGCAUCAGUUGGUCCUCCGGAAACAACGAGGAAAGAGAAUGGUGGAGGGUCCCCCCUGCCAAUCACUCCUGUCCACCCCACCAAAUGAAAGAAAACAAUGGGAGAACAGGGGCAAAAGCAAAAAAACAGGAGAACUGUGCUGCUCACAGGAGCCACAACACCAAACUGGCCACACCACCCGGUUUAGCCUACUAAACUAAAACUGCAAUAGUGGUACCAUUCAGAGUCUCCUUGUUCCCUGCCAGGUGUUACCCCCGACGCAGUGCCUUGGCCCGCUUGCAUGACUGGGCUGUGUAGAGGCGGCAGGGGCUCGGGCACAGGCAGUGAUUCCUCAUGGCAAGUGAACAGCAGCAGU